CGAUGGUGCUCAAGUCUUCUGCGGUGCCCGCCCUUUCGUCGGCUCUGCGCCUUGGAUAUCACUCUAGCCCCGUAAAGGCUCAGCAAGAAGCGAAGCGGAGUAACCCAGGGACACCGACUUGGUCGACCAGGACCAGUUCCCUAUGGCCAGCUAUCAACUAUCCGCCCCUUUUGAUCUAGAACCCACGCAUUCGUGGUCGCCACAAGAGAGUGCUGCAUUUGAGCGUUUUGGUCCUCGAGCGAUUUUAGCAAUCUGUUCUGAUCGGGCUCUGAAGUGGCUACAAGCUAGAGUUACAGCUGGCGAUGAGCAGACCAUUGCUAACACAGUCCAUCGUCUCGCACUCGACUCAACCGGCAAGUUCAGCUUCGGCCGCGACACACUACCAACCCAGAACCUCGACCCGGAUUUUAAGACUGCCAGAGAAUAUGGUCGAGCGUUCUUCGAAUGUCGGGCAGAUUCAUAUUUCGAAAUUGUAAAACAAGACGACUUCGAAGAGCGACUGCAUAGACAUUUCGAUCCUCAAGCCGCUCCGGAUCUUGAUCCCAGUUGGCAUGCUUUGCGCAACACAAUCUACGCCCUCGGGUCCCGUCUGUUUUUGGCUGACAAAGGCUAUGAUCCCAAGGUCAUUCACAAUCAUGCCUGGUAUUAUUUUGAAAAGGCCCUAUCUGCUUAUUCUCAAAUUCUUUUCUCUUCGCAAAAGGACCUUGUGGGAAUCCAGGCUUUAACACUCAUGAGCUUUUUCGCGGAGAAUAUCGUAACCUUCAGGGUCGAAUACAUACUUUGCUCCACAGCUGUUCGGCUCGCACAAGCCCUAGGUCUCAAUCAUGAGCAAGGACAGGCGCGCAGAUCCCACUUUUCUGAUUCCGAUCGUAGAAUCCGCAUCUGGUGGGCACUGUACUGCUACGAUAAGCUUAUAUCGUUGCGAGAUGGGCGGCCAUCUUGCAUCGAUGACGACGACAUCUCAUGUCCACUGCCAACACCCCGCGCCGGUGAAAACAUUGAUAAAUUCAAUGCUUUUCUCUUUACAAUCCUCCAUGCUCAGCUGUCAUCAAAAAUUUACAGGCGCAUUUUGUCAGCCAAGGCAUGGUGCGGUUCUGGCGAUGAGCAGAGACAGGUGAUCCGCGCAGAAUUGGAGCGUGAACUCUACCAUUGGCGAGACUCCCUUCCUCCGUGGCUUCGGCCUGGAGUGCCCGCAAAGUCGUCUACGAUCCCAGAGGGCGUUCACAUCGAUAGCGUUGUUUAUAUCCACUACGCUUUCUACGGAUCCAUGAUUGCCAUCUACAACCAAUAUCCAUGGGAUGACCUGACUUUUCCGUCUGGCCUGAUUGCAGCUCAAUCUCAGUACAUGGCGGAUUGUCGUGAAAAGGUGGUGGGCGCUGCGAGGAAUAUCAUCCUGGCCACCAAAUACCACCGAAUCGAUUCAAACACUACAAGUUGCCUAGUUUUUGCUUACCCAUUGAUGGCGGUCACAGCACUUCUUGUCAAUAUUUUGCAAUUUCCCAUGGCCACAUCAGCACAGCUUGAUGUCGUGCUCCUGGAUGUUGCCGCACGACAUUUUGCGAAACUUGAAUUAGCAACGUCCAAUCAAGUGGAGGUGCAAUUUGCUAGAGACAUCGCCAACAUUGCGCGACGAAAAGUUGAGGACGUGAAGGAGAAUUUGUGGGCAGAAGUCGCACCCUCAAAUGCCGCCAUGGUGGGACUUCCCGAUGCGGAACUUUACGGGGACAUGACGAAUAUGAGAUUGGAUUUCAUGGACUUUCUCUCCGACGACACCAACGCCACAAGUACUUGGCAUCCUUGAUACCUUUGUCGCCAAUAUCAAGCUUGCAUCACACCCAUCUGUUCCAGCUCGUACUUGUCCACUUAUCUCGUCAUCUCCUUGGUAGUUUCAAACGGCAUUGUCAUGUUGCCACCUCCCUGGGCGCUGUCUUGAAUAAAUGAGCCGGGUUGGUGUCCUAACACCGUCCUCAGAAUGUCUAGAACAACCUCCGGGUUUGGAAUGUUCUCCCCACGCCAAGCGCCAUGGCCGUCAGGCCGGACCAGCACAAACCGCGCUUGCCAUACGGCCCUGGCAUUUGUUUCGUCAUAGAGGACAACGGUUUUCAAGGACAUUCCUAAGGUACUCGCUGCCUGCGCAAACUCGGGAUGUUCAGCCAUUUGGGAGUUCUCUCCUGUGGCAAACUCAAACAGCGUCCAGUAAUCUCCAAAAUGAUCGAAAAUACGAGAGCCAUCAUCCUUCAAGAAGACGUGUGGAGUGCGACAACCAACGAAGGUGCUAGGCCUGUAGCGAUGGGUGAUCAUUCCGGGGGCGAUCCUUCUUGUUCGCCCGGAGGUGGGUACACACACGACCGAUGUCGAUGGUCCAUCUCAAUGCCCAGAUCUGUGUUUUCGCCGCUGUUGGCUUGAUAAUGAUCAUGGAUCUUCUGUCGCAUCGCUCGUUCGCUGUCAGUGUCCGUGUCUACCAAGUGUGGCUCCCGGCUUCAUUCUGUCAGUGCCAGGUGCUUUUUCAUGUGGAUACCUGAUCGCUGAAUGCUCGAUAAGGCGACAGGGCAUCUUUCUUGCUCGUAUGAUUCAAGCAGACCGGGACCGGCGUGGGAUUUCAUAGUUGCUGCGAGCUUCCAACCCAGAUCAAAGGCAUAGGCAUCGCCAAUGCCCUGUUUAGUCAGAAAGAAUUAUAACCCGC